CGAUAUUUGUAUGGAAUUAUUUUACCCACAAUUGAUAAAAAUGUAUAUAAGCAAGUGCGCCUAUCACGCCAAUCAGUUUAACUCUUUUCUUACCGACCGCAAGAGCAAAAUACUAUAAAAAGAAGUGAAAUAUGACUGGAACUGAAUUGAUGAAUGGAAAUGGUGCGUUAUACAAGAAUGGUUGCCAUAAUGGAACUGGGAAUGGAUGUUGCACAAGAAGACUGAGUAAUGGGCAGGAUGAAGAAAAAUAUACUUAUGAGAUGAUAGAGCAGACAGCUGAGUUUCUGAAAGAGAGAGUACCCUUCUCACCAAAGAUUGGUAUAAUAUGUGGAUCAGGUUUGGGUUCCUUGGCACAAGACUUGAAGGAUCCAAUCGAAUUUCCGUACUCCUCCAUACCGAACUUUCCUGUCAGCACAGUGGAGGGUCAUGCCGGCAAACUGAUUUUUGGAUUUCUCUCAGACGCCCCAGUGGUGUGCAUGCAGGGUAGAUUCCACUUCUACGAGGGUUAUCCCUUGUGGAAAUGCGCGAUGCCAGUGAGAGUUAUGAAACUCCUCGGCGUUUCACAACUGAUUGCGACAAAUGCAGCGGGCGGUCUCCAUAAAAACUACAAGGUUGGCGACAUAAUGCUCGUGAAAGAUCACAUCAAUAUGAUGGGUUUCGCUGGAAAUAACCCGCUGCAGGGUCCUAAUGAAGACAGGUUCGGACCCAGAUUUCCCCCCAUGAAUAAGGCAUACGAUAAGGAACUGAUCAAGAAGAGCAUGGAAAUCGGCAAAGAAUUGGGCCUAACGAACAAUAUCCACACGGGAGUUUACACCUGUCUAGGGGGCCCUAACUUCGAAACUGUUGCCGAACUGAGAGCUCUGAAAAUGCUGGGUUGCGAUGCUGUAGGAAUGUCUACUGUGCAUGAGGUGAUCACGGCAAGACACUGCGAUAUGAACGUUCUGGCUUUCAGUUUGAUCACUAACGCCUGUAUCUUGGAAUAUGAUUCCCCAGACGAGCCGAAUCAUGAAGAAGUUAUGGAUGCCGGUAAAUUGAGGCAGGAUACUCUGAAGAAGUUCGUGGCACGGAUAGUUGAUCACAUCAAUAAUAGAAAAUAGAUUAAACCUAGAAAUAUUCGUGAGAAAAUCAUUGAUUUUGAUAGUAAAAUCAUUCAAUCAUGAAACUCACUGAAGCCAUCCUACGCCGUAGGAUUCCGCUACGACAGUAUAAUCAUGAUUGCAUAUAAAUUACUUUCGAUUUGUUUAUAUUGAUGGUGGAUAAGUGGUGUUGAUUGUAUUACGAGUUAUUUAUUCUUUUAAUGGUUAAGUAAAAAUAUACAUGAAUGA